CUAGUUUGCUAUGCUACAGAAAUAGACCUCCUUGACACAUCCAGCAGAGAGCUUGUCCGCAUUGACUAAAAGCCACAACAGUUCAUUGAGUUUCUGUAGGUCAGCAGGAGACUCUUUUUUGAGAAUAAGAAAGUCGAAAUACAAAGUCAGAGCGGGUUAGAAGCGUCAGCAAAUUAUAUCUUAGAGGGGGAAUCCUAAAAAGCUGUCCUGUGUUAGCCAACCUGCAACCGGCUGCUCAAAGGGAAACUUUGAACUUUCCUUGAGAUAAAACCGGUGGGACAGAGUUACUGGCAGAUAAAGGAGGAAGUUGGCGGUCUAGAGCAACAUUUUUUAUAUAGAGCCUGGGCUUAAAUAGAGUUAUCUUCAGGUGAAACAAGGUCCUUCUCCUACAAGGUGACGGUGAGGAGGGGCGAUGGACUUCGUGGCGGGAUGCAUCGGAGGUGCUGCUGGAGUCUUGGUUGGACAUCCUUUUGACACAGUUAAGGUGAGACUGCAGGUCCAGAGUAUUGAUAAGCCUCUGUACCGGGGGACCUACCACUGUUUCCAGUCCAUCAUACGACAGGAGACGAUAUUUGGCUUGUACAAAGGCAUUGGAUCCCCCAUGAUGGGCCUGACAUUCAUCAAUGCUUUAGUGUUUGGUGUUCAGGGAAACACCAUGCGGCUGUUGGGACAUGACACCCCCAUGAACCAGUUCCUCGCCGGAGCAGCGGCAGGUGCCAUCCAGUGCAUCAUCUGCUGCCCAAUGGAGCUGGCUAAAACACGCAUGCAAAUGCAGGGAACCGGAGAGAAGAAGUCUUCGAGGAAGCUGUACAAGAACUCCCUCGACUGCUUGGCUCGCAUCUACAACCGGGAGGGUCUGUGGGGCGUAAACAGAGGAAUGCUGACCACGCUCAUCCGAGAGACACCAGGAUUUGGUGUGUAUUUCCUGGCCUAUGACGUUAUGACACGCAGCCUUGGCUGUGAGCCAGACGACCGCUACAUGAUCCCCAAACUGCUGUUCGCUGGGGGCAUGGCUGGCAUCGCCUCCUGGCUCUCCACCUACCCAGUAGAUGUGAUCAAAUCACGCCUGCAGGCAGACGGGGUGGGUGGAGUGAACCAGUACAGCAGCAUCGCUGACUGCGUGCGACAGAGUGUCAGGAGAGAGGGCUACAUGGUGUUCACGCGAGGCCUCACCUCAACGCUGCUACGAGCCUUCCCUGUGAACGCGGCUACCUUCGCCACGGUCACCCUCAUCCUCAUGUAUGCUCAAGGGGUGGAGGAGGGACCUAAAGACUGUGAAGCAGCUCCUUCAGGUCACCACACACAGAUCCAGCAGCAGGCCCAACCCUCCAGCCUGUGACAGCCCUGACGUCUCACCCUUGCAAAUUACUCAUACAAAACCUUUAUUUCUGUCUGACUCUGUUUCUCAUCAGACCAGUCAUUCCAAACACUGAGUCAGAAAACCAGUUUAUACAAACUCUUGUUUUUACAUCUUAAAUAAAGGAAAGAAAGGAGAAGGUUUUAUUUAUUUUUAACAAUGUUUUGGUUGGCCUCUGAUCGUGCAGUCUUGUGAAACCGAUGGUGAUGCCUCUUAUUAGAAGGACUUUGAUACUGAUUACUGAUACUGAUUUCUUUUUUUAAUGUAUGUUGGAAACAAUAUUUCUGCCUUGUGAACGCUUUUUAGGAAGCCGAAGCUCCUAAUCCUCUGAAGAGCCAAGCAUCUGAUAAGUGUGAAGAACUUAUCGUGUGCGUGCGUGCGUGCGUGUUUGUAAUUCAAACCAAAAAUCAUACUGCAGCUUUCUGAUGAUAACUUAAGCACUGAUGGUCCAUAUAGCUCAUGUUUUACAGAAAUGCACUGGUCUGAAGGCUCCAGAGGGAAAGUAAAGCCUAUGUGUGUGGAUUGUAAAUUGCUUUUCUGUUUUCUGUUUUCUUUGUCCGUCAGUCUGGGAGCGUAUUACGUUUCAUCAUUCUGGCUUUUCUCCUGCAUAAACGUCACAAUCCAGAAGUGGAACAUGGCACUACACCUGGCACUGUACUGGUACUGCUAAUCUUUGUUUUAUUUAUUUUUGAUUAUCAUUUUAUUUUUAUUUUUUUUAUGUAUACCUUCUAAAGCCAGGGAUGGUAUGGGUUUUAUAUGGUUCUGCAAUUUCAUGUCAUGUGGGGCUAUCUAUAAUAUAAUAUAUAUAAUAUCUAUAAGUAUCUCGGUUUUGCAGAUGUAACUCUGUGUAUGUUUCAAGUUCAUUCUGGUUGGAGAAAUACAACCCCACAUUUGUACCCAGAACUUGCCCCAGGACUUUUUUGGCACUAUAUAACUCAUGAUAUGGAUGACAGAUUGAGUGGACUGAGGCCAGAAAAGCUUUUAAAAGCCUUUUGAAAAAGACUACAUUUUUUGUGAGGCUUUGUUUUAUUCUUGACCUGCAUGGUGUGUCCCUGUGGAAAUAUUUAAAGUGAUUGUUUCCCUAAAUUUGCACCAAUAGUUUGUAUACUGUACCUAAUCUGGAUGUGGGCCAUAAUAAUUUAUUUUAUGGAGUGUUUGUAGUCGCUUAUUUAUUUAAAAGUGUUGCUGAUGAGUUUGGAUUGUCUGCUUUCUGCAUGGGCUUGGUCAACAUCCAAUAUUUUUGUUUCUGUAUUUUGUGUCUGAAUAUUUUAUUUUUUGCUGUAAAGUCCAAGUGCAAAAGCUUCCCCAGCUCUAAAACUAGCUACGAUAUCAAACUGUUGCGAUGUGUGAAUGACUACUGUCUACACUCUAUGACCAAAGUAGGUGGACAACAGACCCUCACAAUUAUACUGUAGCUUGAUGAACUUCAUCAUCUCUAACUAUGGGCACUGAUGUGAAUUUAAACCCUUAAGCUUUAACAGGUAAACUAUUGUUUCAUCAUGUUGCAUUUAGGAGAAACUUCAUUGGAAAUAAGUGGAGGGGUGAAAUGCCCCCGGACCAAGAUCCCUCCUCUGACUUUGGUGAUAUAGUGUAGAACAUUGUCUUGAAUGUAUCCCACCUGAAACUCAUUGAAGGAUGACAUCAUUUCUUUGGGCCCUGCUAUUUAAAUGUAGAUGUCCCUUGUUGUGAAAAUUGCUGCUGAAAUGCUGCCUAGAUACUUGAAAACCUACAAGGCUCGUUGUGGUUUGAUGCUAUGUGAUGAUGACUAAUGAAAGUGGAACAUUUAAAAAGGGAGAUUUUUUUUGUCUGUAGAUGUUGCUUGUGUUUAAUAACUCCACCUCUGAACACGGACUGUUAUCUAUGUUUCAAUAAUGUAGAUUAUGUCUCAAACAAACAUUGAGUCCAUCUGUUGUGAAGGAUGCAAUAUGUACAGGAUGUUACUAUUGAUGUGAUAUAGCAUUGAAGUGGUAUUGUAAAUAUAUAUAUAGGCAUAUAUAACGUCUAUUUUUCAGUCUAAAGUAGUGGUACCCCGAAACUCUGAGCAGUUUUUAAAGACUUGGUGUGAGCUGUUUGUGUCAGCUCUUCAACUGAAUAGAUUAUAUAUGAGACUGAGACUUCAUAUUUUUGUAACAUAGUCAAACAUAUUCCUAUUUGUCUACAUUUGUCACUGAGCAUCUGUACAAAUGGGUAAAUAAAACUCAUUCAGAAAAC